CGACCGCCGAGUGCAGCACUCAGCGCGCCAGACGCUGCCCAGCCGACGCUAUGCCGCCGCGCAGCCGCAACACGACCGCCGCGCUGCGGGUAUCCGCCACCUUGUGCGUCCUAGCCACGUGGUCGGUGUGCGCAUGCGCCCCGGCCGGCGACGUGGGGGCGGCCGCCACGACCACAGAGGACGACGGGCUGUACAGGGCGCCGCCGCCCGGCGAGGACGGGGCCUACCUCCCAGAGGCCGACCAACAGCAGGGAGCAGAUGAUGCGGGCGCCUACAUUCCAGAUAAAUACGAGACGGACGAGUCAGCUGGGGAAGGAACUUACGAUGCGAAGAAAUAUGAAAUGGUUGAGGGCUUCGACGACGGUAUGUACCACCCACAGGCUGAUCUCGAGGAACACGACGACGGGUCCUACCACCCCGAGAUAGCCGAGAAAACUGUCGGGGACGACGGCUCGUACCACAUAGAAAGUGAUGGACAGUCUGUAGGAGAAGACGGUUCGUAUCGUCCCGAACAGUACGAGAGAAGCGUAGGAGACGAUGGAUUAUACAAUCCACAACUUUAUGAAUCUGUCGUUGGGGACGAUGGAGCCUAUCACCCGGAUGUGGCCGAAAAGACUGUAGGAGACGAUGGCUUGUAUCAUCCUGACCCAAGCGCGCACAGUGAAGAUAAUGAAGGUGACUAUAACCCAGAAACGUACGAGAAGGUCGUCGGUGACGACGGUUCUUACCGCACCACCGAAGAGGAUGACGGAUCGUAUUAUGCAAAUGUCGGCGACAUCUCUCAGGAGGACGAUGGAUUAUACCACCCUGAGAUCCAUGAGAGGUCAUUCAGUGAAUCAGACGCUCAGAAGGCGCCUGAGCUUAACGCUGCCAUCCAGCUGCAACCGGAUAUGUACAAUGGUGCUGUAGACGUGGGGAGGCAAACACCCACCAGACGCGUGAGGCGACACGAAAGAGCCGAUAGUAUUCAGUACGGAGCAGCUUCUUACGACGGUCACAUUGAUACCGUACGUCACUCGGACCCGGAUGGGAUUGGUGGUGCGUUGCGUAAGCCAGGAGCAAACAAGAGAAUUGUAAGAGAAACUCAUAGUGAUGUGUACCGUUUGCAGACAUUGGAGGAGAAAAUGCAGCAGAGCGACGACGGAGCCUACCACCCGGAAAAGUACGAGACGCCUGCUCCAGAGGCGGCGCAGGACUGGGACAGGUACUGGACGGAGGGGUCGGUCACCGCCGGCGGCGACUGCGCGACGCCCAGCGAGGAAACGUCAGAGGCUUCUGAUGAUGGGUCGUACAGGCCGGAACACCACAAGGUGGAGGACUACGACGAGCUGGCAGACAGCGGUCAGGACUCGGUGACGCCCCCGGUGGAGGCCACGGAGGCGUCGGACGACGGGUCGUACCGCCUGGAGCAGCACACGGAGACUCCAGCGGAGGACUAUGACGAGAGGGCGGACAACGGCACCGACUGGAGGGUCAACGUGGUGGAGCAGCACGACGAGGGCACGGAGGCGGCCGACGACGGCUCCUACCGCCCCCAGGAGCACGGAGCGCGCGAGCGCCGGGGCGCCUCGGAGGACACGGAAGAAGUGCAGCUGUCCCCCGUCGUCUUCCACGUGGGACCCAAGCCGGCCUCUGACGUCAGCGCCAAGGCCAGUGGAAGCGUCAGCGACGAUGACGCCAGCGCUGGUCCCCCACAGUCGGCGAACCUCCCGCUUCCGGCUCCUGCCGUCUGAGGGCAGCACCCGCAACGGCGCGACUUUCGCUCCGUCCUCCACACACUGCCAGCGAGAGGGGAAAAAUGUAAACUCUCCGCAGAUUGAGUGUAGUACGAACCACAGUGAAGAACUCUUUAUGGAGAGGUAGCAAUAUGGCUGCAGUAACCGCAGGGACGCAUUCAAAUUGUUUCCAAUAUGCAGAGCAUAACAUCACGAGAUGGUGCACUGUUUCCUGACUUUCUUGGAUAUUUCUUAUACAUGCCAUUAAUAUUUGAAAAAGUAUUGUAUUUUCUUUUGUAUUUCGCAGUAUCCUAUUUUGAACAAUAGGAAGGUGUGCAGUAGACAAAAGAAAGAAUAUUCAAGAGAUAAUGGUGACAACAUCCGUACAGUUGUAUUUAAAAUAAGUAUCAUGAGACAAACAGUGCUGUUUCGUCUUUCAAAGCUUUGGCAGUCGGCGUUUCUAAUGUCAUUUUAUCUUAAGAGCUGAUAAUCUACUUCAAGAAGUCAAUAAAUUGUGAUUUAUUCUUUAA